GACCAAUCAAAGGAGAUCAGAAUAAGGAUAGAUUAAGAAGAAGGGAGCACCACCAUCGCCACCAACAUUGUUCCUCUUUCUGUUCUUGAGGGUUUUGAUUUGGCAUCUUUGAGCGACGAGGAAAACAGGCAAGCGAUAAUGGCGGUGACGCAUCACGUCGACAAGGGCUCGCCCCCUCGGCCCAUGACCUUUGGCAGCUUUCUCCAAUCCGAACAGGCCACCGCUGAUGAAUACUUCGACCCCCGCCAGACCAACUCCCCCGCCUCCAGCACCGCCAGCUUCUCCGACCGCGCCGCCAUCGCCGCAGAAGGCUCGCCCUAUGCUAUGUCCCCGUGGAACCAGACGGCCUCUCCCUACACCAAGUCCCCCUGGGUAUACUCCUCGCCGGUAAUGCCUUUCUCCGAGGAGGCCACCUUCCGAGGAGGGGACGGGCUCAUCGGUUCCUUGGUGCGCGAGGAGGGCCACGUCUAUUCGUUGGCAGCGUUCGGCGAGCUCCUUUACACUGGCUCGGAAAGCAAGAAUAUCCGGGUGUGGAAGAACCGGAAAGAGUUCGGAGGUUUCAAGUCGAGCAGCGGGUUGGUGAAGGCCAUUGUCAUCGCCGGAGAUCGGAUCUUCUCCGGACACCAGGACGGGAAGAUCCGAGUUUGGCGAAUGUCUAGCCGGAACCCGGGGGUGCACAAGCGAGCCGGAAGCCUCCCCAUGAGGAGGGACAUCCUCCGCUGCUCGUUCAAUCCCAACAACUACGUAGAAGUCCGGCGCCACCGCACCGCUCUCUGGAUCAGGCAUCACGACGCCGUCUCCUGCCUCUGCCUGGACGAAGAGCAAGGCCUUCUUUACUCCGGUUCGUGGGACAAGACCCUCAAGGUGUGGCGCCUCUCCGACUCCAAGUGCAUCGAAUCGAUCAACGCCCACGACGACGCGCUGAACUCCGUCGUCGCCGGCUUCGACGGGCUUGUAUUCACUGGCUCCGCCGACGGCACCGUGAAGGUGUGGCAGAGGGAGAAGCAAGGGAAGGCAACGAAGCACGCCUUCCUCCAGACGCUGCUCAGCCAGGACUCCGCGGUCACGGCGCUCGCCUUGAAUGCCUCGGGCUCCGCCCUCUACAGCGGAUCGUCCGACGGGCUGGUGAAUUUCUGGCACCGGCAGAAGCUGCUGUCGCACGGCGGCGUCCUGCGAGGUCACAAGCUCGCCGUGCUCUGCGUCGCCGCCGCCGGAAGCCUCGUCUUCAGCGGCUCCGCGGACAAGAACAUCUGCGUAUGGAGGCGCGAAGGCCUGUCCCACUCCUGCCUCUCCGUCCUCCAGGGCCAUGCCGGCCCCGUCAAGUGCAUAGCCGUGGAGGCCGACGCCGGCAGCGACAACGAUGACGACGACCGGCGGUGGACAGUCUACACCGGCAGCCUCGACAGGUCGGUCAAGGUGUGGAGAGUCAGCGAGAUCGGCCUCGCCCAGGCCCAGCCGACGCCGGCACCUCGGUUCGCCCCCAGCCCUUGGCCGAGCCGUGGCCGAGCCCAGCCCAUUCGGUGAAGGGGAUCUCAAUUCUCAUACCAUUCAACUACGUCGAUCCAGAUCCGCAUUCAUUUUUCCCACAACCAAUACAGGGGAUGGUCCACUUAAGACCGGGUCCGGAUUCGUUUAGUGCCUUGAUGAAGGCUUUGUAUUAAUUUUUCAACCAUUACCGCAGAUUGCUGAACCUUGGGUUCGGAUUCUUUUUCCCAAACCACAAGGAGCAAAGACAAAAAAAAAAAGGUGUGAAAGAUCGGAUUCUUUUUCCCAAACCACAAGGAGCAAAGACAAAAAAAAAAAGGUGUGAAAGAAGGACCAAGGACUACUGCUCCAUUCAUGGUUAGCAGGUUUGGAAGUUAAGACAUGCAUUUUCUCUGUAUUUUUGGCCAUGCAACGAAGAAAUUGAAAAGGACAUGUUUAGAAAUUAAGGUAAGGAUUUAAUAUUCACAUGUAUCAAGUGGAUCUUGCAAUCAUUGUAUAGAAAUGUCAUGGAAAAGUUUCGUGUUUGCAUUGUGUUUUA